AUGGCUUUAAAUUUAGUAGUGAGCAGAAUAGCUAUAGCUUUACCUCCAAAAAAUUUGGAAGAAGAGAUUAUCAGAGAGAUAGCAAAACGAAUCUUGCAGAAUAGAUAUGGGUUUAGUGAGAAUCAAAUAAAUGCAUUAUUCUCUAUCCAGAAAAAUGAAAAUAAGACCAAGCAGAACGUGCCCUGUUCUACAGUAAACAUUGUUAUUUCUAAUCAGGUCCUACAAGAAACUAUUGGAGAAAUGACACAUCAGUUUUUACAAGAUAAGCUUAGUAUUAGGGAUAUAAGAGCUGAAAUUUAUGCCUUAACCCUAUCAGUAUUAAAUGCCAAUGCUGGUUCAUCACAUCAUUCACGGCUUCGGAGAGAAUUAAGAAAUAUUGAUAUUACAGAAGAUGCUAACAAAAUUCAAAUAGACAAUCAGAAAAAGGCUAAAACCAUUGAUUAUCCAGAUGAAUUUACAUUAGAAUCAGUCAAAGAAAGAUUAGAUGCGUAUGAUUUAAAAACCUCACCCAAUUAUCAAGCUCUUGUUGAUGUUAUGGUGAUGCUUUGUAUUCACCCUGUUGAACUUAUAACUUUACGUAUUACAGAUGCUGGAAAUCAAGAACGAGCCAAAGAAUUACUAACCUGGAUACAGAAUGCUAUAUCUUCUGAUCGAAUGGGGGACCCAGGAGCAGUUUAUACUGUAGUAACGAAUGGAGCGAAAAAUAUAGCCCAUGCUUAUACAAUUACUGGGGAAGCCCUACGCCACAGCUCUGAUAACCAUGCUUCUCCAGUACAAAAUUAUGUUGUAGUAAAUUAUCGCAGAAAAAAUCAAUCUCCAGAUCAGGUGAGACCAUUUCAAAUCUAUGAUACAGAUUAA